GAUCUGAUCCCGGUACCUUGGAUUGACAUGGGGAAGCAGGCUAAGAGGCUUAAAGCCAUUGCAGGGGAAGGUUCCCGUGACAUAGACGACCUGCUGAAAUACGGCUUAAACCUAAAAUGGCGGCACAGCCUGAUACCAGCCCGUCUUCCUCAGAGGAAGAAAUUAUGGAUGUUCCUGACGAAAUUACAUACACAGGGGGCCUUAACUCUUCAUUACCUAACGGCUCCAGUCAGCAAGGGUGACUUCAAAGUCCUAUAA